CACUAACCAUCCACCUGAUCGUGUGAAACUUUAACGUGCUUCUAUCUCCUCCUCCUCGAUCUCUCUUCUUUUCAUCUUCUUUCUUCUCCCAUCUCUAAUCCAUUCUUUCAUCCUUUGGCUUUCUUUUCCCUUUGUUCUUCCAUCUCUCCGCGUCAUAAUAAAACCUGUCCCUGUCGCAUCCCUGCUAGCUCCAGCCUCCUGGCCGUCUCCGUCAUUCCAUAUCUGCGUUCUGGCUACUUGGCGUCAUCGCUAACUUCUCCUCUCGACUCCGGAUACUUCUAUACUUCUUUCUCCUUGUUGAAUACCCCCCAGCCAAGAUGGAUUUCCAUCUGGUACCCCAUGGGGAAGACCGAAAUUAUACUGGUUUCCUGACCAAAACCAUUGUCUAUACUGCCUCCCUCCUUGUCUUUCUAGCUGCAUUUGGUCUGUCAAUAGCCUCCAUCGCAGUACCCAACUGGGUCAGUUAUCAUAGUGAAAAUCCGAGCUUGCAUUAUUCCUAUGGCCUCCACCGUCGCUGCUCCUCCCUUACUGAUACCUGCGAGACCUUCCCCCAGCGUGAAGAUUGUCAUGGCGAGGACCGAUACUUCUGCUCCAUGUGGCGCUCUGUCGGGUUCUUGAUGUCGUUUGCCCUCGUGCUAGAAGGUAUGAGUGUGGUGGCAUAUCUAAUUGUCCUGUCGGGUGGGAAGCGUCUUCGGGAGUCGGGGUGGAAGAUCCUCAGCGUUAUGAUUCUCUUGUCAGCUGCUGUCCAGGCAGCUAGCAUGUCAAUUGUGGCGUAUCUGUUCGACAACGAGGAACGCUUCUUCGUCGGAUGGCGGCUCGACGAGUCCUGGAUUUACUGCACUGUUAGUUGGUGUGUCAGUGUGUUUUGCGCGGGGGCACUCAUCCUCGCUGCCUACAGCCUACCCUCUGAGGGAGGAUACGAGUUGAUUCCGGACCAUUUCUAAAAAAUUCAAAUUGGCUUUGCCUGAAAUUGGCGUGUUUACUUACUAUACCAUGUUGUUGUUUUUUUUUAAUGUUCUAUAUAUAUAUAGUUGUUAUUAUUAUGCGCGGCUUUUAUAUCAUUGAUAACAUGAGGAUGCUAAAUCGGUGUAUAUAGGGGCAUGAUAAGAACACGAUAAUGUAAUGAUCAUUUCUCUCUCUUAUGGUUUCAGUUUCUGAAUAGCCCCUUUCUUGCUAACCCUGCUGUUGCCAGACCUUGCACCUGAACCUGAACCUGACGAAGCAGGAGAAGAAAGAGAAGUAACCCACCCCUUGAACACCGGCAAAAUCUCAAUAUCAG